ACUCUAGAUGAAUAUUUUGAAUAUGAUGCAGAGGAGUUCUUGGUCUCUUUGGCCUUGCUAAUAACAGAAGGACGAACACCUGAAUGUUCUGUAAAGGGUCGAACGGAAAGUUUCCAUUGCCCUCCAGCACAGUCUUGUUACCCAGUAACUACCAAACAUGAAUGUAAUGACAAGCUGGCCCAGUGUCGCCAAGCCAGACGAACCAGGUCUGAGGUCACGUUGUUGUGGAAGAAUAACCUUCCAAUCAUGGUGGAAGUAAUGCUACUACCAGACUGCUGCUACAGUGAUGAUGGGCCCACCACAGAAGGAAUUGAUCUAGAUGAUCCUGCAAUUAAGCAAGAUGCAUUAUUAUUAGAAAGAUGGAUCUUGGAGCCAGUUCCUCGACAGAGUGGCGAUCGAUUUAUUGCGGAGAAGACUCUUCUGUUGGCUGUCCGCUCAUUUGUGUUUUUUUCUCAGUUAAGUGCUUGGCUAAGUGUUUCUCAUGGUGCUAUUCCACGAAAUAUUCUUUACAGAAUCAGUGCUGCUGAUGUAGACUUACAGUGGAAUUUUUCACAGACUCCAAUUGAACAUGUGUUUCCUGUUCCCAAUGUUUCUCACAAUGUGGCCUUGAAAGUCAGUGUUCAGUCCUUGCCCAGACAAUCUAAUUACCCAGUUUUGACUUGUAGUAUUCACACUAAUAUUGGCCUUUAUGAGAAAAGAAUUCAAGAACAUGAACUUAAAACUCAUCAGCACUGCAGUCCUAACGAAGCAGAACAAUGUAGUACAAACAGUUCACAGCGUCUGUGUAGCAAACAAACUUGGACCACAGCACCAGAAAGCUUAUUACAAGCAAAGCAUGGCACAACUCCAGAAUAUAGUGCAGCAGUCAAAAAUGUCAGACUAUUUCCAGGCACUGGCAGUAGAUCUGACUAUGGGACAUCUCAAGCCAAUACUCUGGGCUUCGGUGGUACAGGAGAUACAAAAUCACAUGAAACAUCAAUGAGAACUUUAAAAUCACUUUCAAUGAUUGAUUCCAGUUUCUCUAGCCGCCAGAGUUCCUGGCAGUCAGUUGGUGAGACUAAUCCUUUAAUAGGCUCCUUAAUUCAGGAACGACAAGAAGUUAUUGCAAGAAUUGCUCAGCAUUUGAUUCAUUGUGAUCCAAGCACUUCACAUGUUUCAGGACAUCCAUUUAAUACUCAGGACUCUAGUUCACUUACUUCAAAACUUUUCCGGGUUUCGCAAGAAAAUGAAAAUGUAAGAAAAUGUAAAGAAGCAUCCUCCAUUUCUUUUGGCAGUCCAGAGUUUACCUCGUCAGAAGACAUCAAUGAGGGGAAAAUUCGAGUAAAACCAGAAACUCCUCGAAGUGAAACUUGUGUUUCUAAUGGUCUUUAUUCUCGGCAGACUGUUGGAGAGACUAAUCCUUUGAUAGGCUCUUUACUUCAGGAGCGGCAAGAUGUUAUUGCAAGGAUUGCCCAGCACUUGGAGCACAUCGAUCCAAUGGCAUCGCAUAUUCCCCGGCAGUCAUUCAACUUGAGGGACUCCAGUUCAGUUCCUUCUAAAGUGUUCAGGAGUUCAUAUGAAGACAAAAAUUUGUUGAAGAGAAAUAAGGAUGAUGCCUCUUUUUCCAGUUCUCAUGCAAAAUUUUCCUUGUUAGGAGACAGCAGUAAUGGGAAAAACUUAAUACCUAAUAAAUCUUUUAGUUCUUUUAAAUGCAAUAGUGAAGAAACGGCUUCUUUGAAACCUCAAAUAAGAAAUCAGUGUCAGAACAAUCCUACUGAAAUCAUCCAAGGUACUUAUCAAGAGACACAGAACAAAGCUACUAGUUUAUUGACUUCCUCAACUAUGUCUCAUUACAAAGAAAAUAACUUAGAUUUGACAAGCAGAUUUAAGGAGCAAGAAAUUAGCAAUGGAAUUGAUAAACAAUAUUCAAAUUGCAAUAGUAUUGACAAACAGAUUUGCACAAAAAAGAAUAGGGAAAAAAUAAUAAAAAAUGAGAACUAUAAUCCAGAAUCUAUUGACAAUCUCCAAUUUGAUAAUUCAAAAAGAAUUGACUCAAAAGUAAAAGUUACUAUGUUGGAAAUGUCUGAAUAUUUGAACAAAUAUGAAAAUAAGUGCUCAAAUAAAGACUCAAAAACAUCUAAGACAUUUGAGCAAAAUACUCAACUUAAUAGCAUAAAAAAUUAUCUCAAUAAAGAUAAUGAAGGUUUCAAAUGCAAAAAGUUAGACCAAUUAAAAAGUGAACAGGAAAAGAAAGAAGAUGCAAUUGAUGAAAAAUCACAAAACUGUUCUCAGAGAAAGAGUAUAAAAGAUUGUUUGCCUGCAUGUGAAGGACCAAAAAAUACAGAGGCAUUGAGGACUACACUGAAACAUUCAAAUGUCUGGCAAAAACAUAAUUUUCAUUCCUUGGAUGGAACCUCAACCAGAGCCUUUCAUCCUCAAACUGGAUUGCCUCUUCUUUCAAGUCCUGUUCCUCAAAGAAAAAUGCAAUCAGGUUGCUUUGAUCUGGAUUCUUCACUACUGCAUCUGAAAAGCUUAUCAUCUAGAAGUUCUCGACCAUGUUUAAACAUUGAAGAUGAUCCAGAAAUUCAUGAGAAACCAUUUUUGAGUUCUAGUGCUCCACCUAUAACAAGUCUUAGUCUCCUAGGAAAUUUUGAGGAAUCUGUCUUGAACUAUCGUUUAGAUCCUCUCGGCAUUGUUGAUGGUUUUACUGCCGAGGUAGGGGCAAGUGGUGUUUUCUGCCCCACACAUUUGACUCUUCCAGUUGAAGUGUCAUUCUACAGUGUUUCAGAUGAUAAUGCUCCCUCUCCUUACAUGGGUGUGAUUACUUUAGAGUCCCUUGGUAAAAGGGGAUAUCGAGUACCUCCUUCAGGAACAAUUCAAGUGACCUUAUUUAAUCCUAAUAAGACUGUGGUGAAGAUGUUUGUUGUGAUAUAUGACCUACGAGAUAUGCCAGCCAAUCAUCAGACAUUCCUACGACAAAGAACUUUUUCUGUACCUGUUAAACAAGAAAUGAAGAGAAGUGUUAAUAAAGAGAAUAUCCGAAAUACGGAAGAACGGUUAUUACGCUACCUCAUUCAUCUGAGGUUCCAGAGUUCUAAAUCUGGAAAGAUCUACCUCCAUAGAGAUGUACGGCUCCUGUUCUCUAGAAAGUCAAUGGAGGUUGAUAGCGGUGCUGCAUAUGAACUCAAAUCUUACACUGAAUCACCAACAAACCCUCAGUUUUCACCAAGAUGUUGAUAAGGAAUGACAAUUUAAAGUAUUGUCUCACUAUCCAAGUUUGAAAGUAAAAAUUAGCAUAGAAUGGAGUGUACCAAAUUAACAGUCAGGAGAGUGGAUCCUCUCCUGUUAUCCUGGACCAGUUUUCAUUAAAGUAUUCCUGAAAUGAGAUCCACAUAUUCCAAGUAGACUGGAAAUACUUAUGUCCUAAUCUUUUUUUGUACUGUCGAAACCACUUCAUUGGACAUGUUGCAAUAGCAAAACCCCCAGUUAGAUUAGUGUUUACACAUUUUAUUUCUCAGUUAUUUAAUAUUUAAUGUUUUCCUUAAUACUCAAGUGAUGUUUGUCUCUAGUGUUCUAAUUUGUAGCACAAAUUCUAUGUAAAAUCAUACUAUGUAUUUUUGACAUUAAUGUUGAAAUCUGAAAUAUAUGCACAAGUCUUUAAUUUUGUGUGAUGUGUUUUAAGUGCUAUUCAUUUAAGUUAUUGAAAAUGAGAAUGAAAUGUUGAGCUUCUUCAAAAUUAACGCACUAUGCAAGCAUGUGUACUUUUUAUAUCUCUCAAAUUGAGUUCUUACAAUACCCCAUCCAGGUUGCUGUCUCAUGUAGCAGUCCUUUAACAUGCUGUUGGCAGUGCAGUGCGGAUUAAGCUGCUUCACAUUCCCUUGCAACUUCAGAUCAUGCCCAUUCAUAUUCCUUCUAGUAUUCCUUAUCCCAAAACAAUUCUAUUUUUCCUUAACCACUACUAUAGAGGCUUUACAUUAAAUUGCUGUUCCAUGGUAGAUAACUUUCUCAAAUUGUUAAAAGAAUAUGUACUUUGAAAACAAAUUAGUAUUUAUAUUGUAAAUAUAUGCAAAAACUAA